GGUUGUCUGCGCGGAUGUUUUUCUCUGUACAAAAAAUCGAAUCGCAGCGAGCGACGCAGCACGAACAAACGAACGUCGGAAUCGGAGUCGGAGUCGGUGUCGGAGUCGACCUUUUCUUGCCCAAUAUAACAUACGCGAGUUUUGUCGCCGCAGUUUGCUAACGCGUGGCAACAACAACAGUCGCCGCUGAUACGUUGAACGUCGCUCGGCAUUUUCGUUUGUUUUUUAUAUACAUAUACAACAGCAACGAUAACAACAACAACAACGACAACAGUUUCUAAUAAAAAGAAAGAAAAUAAAUUGAAUUGUAUUGUAUUCGCCUCGUUUCUGUGUUUGCCGCGGGCGUAACCUUUAAGCUCGCCUUGAUUACACUUACAACAUUUCGCCGUCGGUUUUUUUGUGUGAAUUUCUUUCUUUUGGCUUCGAUCGUAAUUCGCGGCACACCGAAUAUCAAUAGCAGCUGCUGCUGCUGCUGUCGCUGCUGCCGUCCAAAGUCAAAGUCUUCUUCAUUUAGUUAUCAUCAGCACAAGGCGCAUCCGCUCAACUCCUAAUGCCUUAUCAGUAGCACGCAUCUCUGUUUGCUGCUGACGCUGCUGCUGCUGCUGCCGUUGCUGCCGCUGCCGUCGUAGGGAACACACAUAGAGACUGAAAGACCUUUUCCUUACCACUCAAUUUACAGUGAGUGCCAUUCCACGCGCUGUCUCGUAAAUUAAUGUCAUAAAUUAAUUUCGGGCACCGGUGUCGUCUAAAUACAUACAUACAUAUAUAUAUACAUACAUAUAUUCGGGAGUCUCGUUAAACCGUAGUCCGUGUCGGCCUAUAAAACGUCAAGAAAAAAGUCAACAUUACCUGCCGCAGCAAGUGUGUGUGCGUCUCUGCGCGAGUGUGUGUGUGUGUGUCUGUGUGUGCGUCACCUAAAACCCAAAUGUUCCUUAAAUUACCUUCAAGCUGAAAAUGAAUACGAAUUCAUAAUAAAAUAAAGCCAAUUAUAUAUAUUAUAAAUAUAUAUUAUAUACGAAGUGAAAUAAAAAUAUAUAACAAAUAAUUUAUAUAGAAAGUUUUUUCUUGCUGACGUAAAAAUGUUCAAUCUAUAAAUUUGAUGUUUUCAUAUCAUUCAUAAAUUUUGCACAAAAAAAGAAAAGAAACAAAUCGAAGCAAUGCGCACAAAUUCUGCAAAUAUCUAUACAAAAUUACUGGAUUAAAUAGGACCAAAUUAGCCUUCUUGCAUUUGCCUUGCGAUUAGUCGCUGCACCACCAAUAACAACAACAAUAAUCAGGAUACAACAACACAUAGCAACAACCUGCAAAUUCCAACAACAACAACAACCAACAAUAACAACAAGCAUACACCAGACAGGCAUCAUCAUCGUUGGAAAUAGACCUCGUGUCAUUCCAAAAGACGCACAUGGGCGUCUGCACCGAGGAGCGCCCUGUGAUGCAUUGGCAGCAGAGCGCAAGAUUUCUUGGGCCCGGCGCAAGGGAGAAAAGUUUAACACCACCUGUAGCACAUCAAGGGAGCAAUCAGUGCGGCAGUGCUGCAGGUGCAAAUAAUAAUAUUAAUAACAACAACAAUAAUAACAACAAUCACCAUCAUCAUCAUCAUCCAUUGUUUCGCACAUGCUCGACAUCAUCGUGUCCAGAUAUUUGUGAUCAGAGUACAAAGCCAUUUGGCAAUGCAUACGGCAGCGAGUCAUAUAGAAGCUAUGAGACCGCCGAUCGCGCCACGUUUGAGGACUCAACGGCCAAGUUCUCAAUUAGCCGCAGUCGCACGGAUUGCACGGAGGUCAGCGAUGAGACCACAUCGGGCAUAUCAUUUAAAACGGAACCCUUCGGUCCACCCAGCAGUCCCGAAUCCACCAACGAUAGCAAAAUAACCCGCAAUCCAGACGAUUGCGCCGGCUGCGGCCGACAAAUACAGGAUCGUUUCUACCUCUCCGCUGUGGAAAAACGCUGGCAUGCCAGCUGCUUGCAGUGUUAUGCAUGUCGCCAGCCUCUGGAACGGGAAUCCUCAUGUUAUUCACGUGAUGGCAACAUUUAUUGCAAAAACGAUUAUUAUAGUUUUUUUGGCACACGCCGCUGUUCCCGCUGCCUGGCAUCGAUAAGCUCCAACGAGCUGGUAAUGCGCGCUCGCAAUUUAGUUUUUCAUGUUAACUGUUUCUGCUGCACCGUCUGCCAUACGCCCCUAACCAAGGGCGAUCAAUAUGGCAUUAUCGAUGCGCUUAUCUACUGCAGAACCCACUAUAGCAUAGCGCGCGAGGGGGACGCAGCAUCGUCGACCAGCAUGAGCGCCACAUAUCCUUAUAGCACACAAUUCGGUUCGCCGCACAAUGACUCAUCGAGUCCGCAUUCGGAUCCCAGUCGCAGUAUUGUUCCUACGGGCAUUUUUGUGCCCACUUCGCAUGUCAUCACGGGCUUGCCGCAGCCGGCACGGCAAAAGGGGAGACCGCGCAAACGCAAGCCAAAGGAUAUCGAGGCCUUUACAGCUAAUAUAGAUCUCAAUACGGAAUAUGUGGACUUUGGUCGUGGCAGCCACAUGAGCGCCUCGUCGCGAACCAAACGCAUGCGCACCUCGUUCAAGCACCAUCAGCUGCGCACCAUGAAGUCCUACUUUGCCAUCAAUCACAAUCCCGAUGCAAAGGAUCUGAAGCAAUUGUCACAGAAAACGGGCCUACCAAAGAGAGUGCUGCAGGUUUGGUUUCAGAAUGCUCGAGCCAAAUGGCGUCGCAUGAUGAUGAAACAGGACGGCAGUGGGCUGAUGGAGAAGGGCGACGGCACCUUGGAUCUGGAUAGCAUUUCGGUGCACAGUCCGACAUCGUUUAUGAUGGGCGGACCGAACAGCACGCCACCGCACAAUCUCGACUAACAGCUGUUGGAGAGGGAGCAACUGAACGCAACGGCGGCGGCGGCCGCAACGGCUGCUGCUGCGGCGGCGGCGGCGGCUGCGGCUGCCUACUCCAUAGAGCUGCAAUUGUUGCAGGCGAGCGGCAAUGGAUCGGCGGCUCUAUUAACGUUGGCGGACCUGUUCAAUGCCAGCAAUGAAUAGCUUCAAAUUCAAAUAAAAAUACUCAAAAAUAAAAAAAAUAAAAAAAUUAUGGUAGAGCAAGAGGAGCAGGACGAGGUGGGAGAGCUGGAAGUGGAAGAUAAUGUUGUUAGACGAGAUGUGGCAGCAAGUUGGCAUUAAGUAUUUUUGUAGUGUUGCAUCUAGAAACCAAAUCAAAAUUCCAAAUUUCGCUUAUCAAAAUUUAAUACUUUGAAUACCCUGUAGCUAUUGAAAUUGGUAGGGUAGAUUGGAUUACUACAAGUGUUUAUUACAGGUAGAAGGAAACUUGGCUGAGCCAGAGUAUAUCCUUAUUUGCCCUAUUUAGAUGUACGAUUGUGUGUUUCGUAGUCAUUUUAGCGCUUUUAACUCGAGUACUAUAAGAGGUAAACCCUUCAAAUUGUUCAUGCGUUUUCCUGUUUACCCCACACCGCUAAAAUAUAAUAUUUUCAUCUGAUACCUUUUAUUGUUUCUGUUAUAUCGAUAAAUAUCGUUAUUUUGAUUAUAUUUUAUACGGCUAACUUGAGUUUUUUAAAUGCUAGAACUACCAAAUUAGGUAUUGCUAAUAAAAUAAAAUUUCGAAAUAUUCUAGAUUUUGAAUAGCUGAAACCUUUUGCCCAAGAAUCCAACGAAUAUGUUUUUCCUUAGGCAUUCACAUGUUUCUCUAUUAACUUGAUGCUCCUAAAAUUUCAGUAAGCUCGCCUAAUGUUAUAGCUCCCCACUGUGGCUGCAGGGUAUUCACUAGUCGUGCACUACCGACUAGCGCACUCUUGUUGGUCUUGCUGGCAGCUCUCAGAUCCAAAAUGUUGUUUUCUAUAUAUCAAAAAACAAAAAAAAAGUAAAGAAAAAUUAAUUUGUAAAUAUUGAUAACUAGAAACUUAGCAAACAUAUUGUUAAUACUUAUUAUAUAUAUACAUAAUAUAUAUAUAGAUAUAUGCACCUGGGCAUAUAUAUAUAUAACUAGCAUACGCAUUAAAUAAACAAAUCUAAUAUAUAUAUAAAUAAAUAUAUAUAUGAAUAUAAAUUUAAUAUUUAUUGCCCAAAACAUUAAAUAGUUAGAGAUGAAUUUAGUUUAACGAAGCGCUCUAAAACAUAUAUAUAUAUAUAUAUAUCUGAUCAUAUAUAUAUAUACAAAUAUAUAUAUAUGUGUCUGUCGUAGUAUUACGGUAAUUUAGUUGCUUGAUGAAACGCUGAUGAGCAAUGCAAAAUGCAAUUGGAGCAAAUUUGUACUUACAAAUAGUUUAAACAAUAAGUCCUACCAUAGAAGCCA